AUGGGCACGAGACUACAUGCCAAUAUACUAUCCCGCGGCAGACACAGCCAAUCGAUAGUCCCGGACCGACCAUCAAGAGCCGCAGUCUGGGCCUCCAGCAAGAUAGUUUAUCUAGCGGAGUUUGGAAAGGUGCUCCUCGAUGCAGCCCAGAAAGAGAAUAUUCGAAGAGUUGAUAGCGGGAUAUCGGUCAUUAUCCAUGGAUUGAUCUAUGCCUUGCACGUACGUAUUGUGGUAAAGGCCGCGAGGAAAGCCCUAAGGCGAUACAUGAGUGACAAAUGA